CACUGUUCUCACUUCCUUUUCAGUUUUAGGUGUCCUGUCGUGCUGAUCUGCAAUGCGUGGGCUACAGCGAUAAUAAGUUAACUUGUUAGCUAACUUGCCCCUUGAGGGAUAAUUGUUGCAUCAAAAAUCUCCUACUCACGUUACCAAAUUGCACAUAAAUAUUUAGGACAUGCCAAACAUCGUGCUUUUCAGCGGGAGCUCCCACCAAGACCUGUCACAAAAAGUGGCUGAUCGCCUCGGACUGGAGUUGGGGAAAGUGAUAACGAAGAAAUUCUCCAACCAAGAAACAUGCGUGGAGAUCGGGGAGAGCGUGCGCGGUGAGGACGUCUACAUUGUGCAGAGCGGCUGCGGCGAGAUCAACGACAACCUGAUGGAGCUGCUGAUCAUGAUCAACGCGUGCAAGAUCGCCUCGUCGUCCCGCGUCACCGCUGUCAUCCCCUGCUUCCCCUACGCCCGGCAGGACAAAAAAGACAAGAGUCGUGCUCCUAUCUCAGCCAAGCUGGUGGCCAACAUGCUGUCUGUAGCCGGCGCCGACCACAUCAUCACAAUGGACCUCCACGCCUCGCAGAUCCAGGGAUUCUUCGACAUCGCCGUGGACAACCUGUAUGCGGAGCCCGCGGUCCUCCAGUGGAUCCGGGAGAACAUUCCAGAGUGGAAGAACAGCUGCAUUGUGUCCCCUGACGCUGGAGGAGCCAAACGAGUGACCUCCAUCGCUGACCGUCUGAAUGUGGAGUUUGCCCUCAUCCACAAGGAGAGGAAGAAGGCCAACGAGGUGGACCGCAUGGUCCUGGUCGGAGACGUGAAGGACCGCGUGGCCAUCCUGGUCGACGACAUGGCCGACACCUGCGGUACCAUCUGCAAAGCUGCUGAGAAAUUGAUUGAUGCCGGUGCGAUCAAGGUCUACGCUAUCCUCACGCACGGCAUAUUUUCCGGUCCGGCCAUCGCGCGCAUCAACGACGCUCCCUUCGAGGCCGUGGUGGUCACCAACACCAUCCCCCAGGAGGAGAAGAUGAAGUCUUGCCCAAAGAUACAGAUCAUAGAUAUAGCCAUGAUCCUGGCCGAGGCGAUCAGGAGAACCCACAAUGGCGAGUCGGUGUCCUACCUCUUCAGCCACGUGCCCUUAUAAAGGAUGGUCACAAGGAAGAGGUCACAAUGGCCAAUUUAGGCAGUUUCUCUCCUCGUGGUCCAAUCAGCUCGCACCUUCAGUGGCCACGCCCUCCCGGAAGUCCUUAAACCCUGACGGUUUGGGCUAAUUACAUGUGAACGGUUCCUAAAGGCCACGCCCACUUUCCCAGCUCCGUUGUUCCAUGUGGAGACCCAAGAAAGAGUAUCAUCUCUUUGAGACCAGCAAGUUUCUAUUUAUGCAUAAUACCAUGUUAAGAUUUCCUUAUUGUGUUUGUUUUCAUUAUCAUGCUUUGCCAGCCAAAGGAUCUGGCUGUCAUUUUAACCAAAGGUCCAUUGCCUAACGAUGUUCCUGUUUGUUGUACCUCAUUUUUUGUCCAUUUCACUAUAAAUGAAAGCAUUCCAUUGUGUGAUGUCACUUCUUGAGUCAUCUGACCCUAUUCACUAGACUCAAAACGGUAGUAAACGGGGAGGGACUAUCUAUCCGAUGUUUUGCUACGGUGUGUGCUAAUCAAUGCCACCCAGGGUUGUUUAGUCAUCAACAGCUGAUUUUUAAUUCCUUUAACCAGCAACAUUUGGUUAGUGUUGGAGUUCAGUUUUUUUCUCCGAAAGAUCCAGAGUAGAGGCUGUAUUUGUUCAACCAGCAGAUACCUACGUAAUGUCUAUAAGCGUCUAGAAUUGUCUCCUUAAUGUCCCAAAAUUGUAUCAUGGAAUUCAACUUGCGAUAUGAGAGAAUUGUCGUAAGCAUUUCCACAUGUUCUAGUUAAAACACUCUACUUUAGUGCCACGUAACAAGGCCAAAUCUGAUUUGCCAUUUUAGUUUCCUUCAUUAAGUAUGCACCUGGUGGUGCACUCUAGUGACGGACUGGUGUCAUUGCAGGACCGCAUGCUCACCUUUUGUAUUUCUGAUCACAUUUUCUCCAUUACAAUCUUGAAAUUGCUCAUUUACUAAAACUCCAACACCACUUCUAAACUUUUGAAAAACUGGGCAGCAAGAGGUAUCUGAUAGGAUGUAGGCAAUCGGAUAGGAUUCAAUGAAUAGAAGGGGUAUCCACAUUCAAGUCAAUGAUACAAUCGCUCUAUUUCUAUCCAUUUAAUUAGAUCCGAUAACUUAGAGGGGCUGUCCCCAGUUUCUCCAUCAGGCUUAUCCAUCUUUUCAAAGGGUGAUUGGUCAAACAACCCUCACCUAAAAGGUCACGAAUUUCAAAGUUCUGCUUUCCCCGUGUCUUAAGUGUUAUUACUUUUAGCGUAAGUUCUAAUGUAGGAGGGUAAAUCCUCAGGGUUCAUUUUCCCCUGUUGUAUGCUGAGUGCUCCAAAGGCUGUGUUCAGAAUGAUUUCGCGGAUUGGUUGAAAACUGCUGGUGGACAGGCAGCCACACUUUAGUUUUUUUUUUUUUUUCUCCACCAGGGUUUUCAUUGACAAUAAACUUUGACAGUGACAUCUA